CUAACGUUGAACCUGCAGCGCUUGCAAAAUGGGUCCAUCAAGCCCCACCUUGGCCAAACAAAACCCUCAAAUCUCAAUUUUUCAUCGCUGUCUGAUUCGAUUUUAAACGCACCAAAAUCAUCCACCGUCGUAUCAUAUCCGUUUAUCAAUAUAGCCUCUGUUUUUUUUUUCCACGACAGCGUGGUCAAGAAGAUCAACGUCUCAAAAUUUUGAGUUUUUCCCGCCCAAAGCAAAACGAGACAACACAACAACCUUGUUGUAAUAUAAAUCCAAACGACACAACAUCAUAAUCAUUCAGUUUCACACACAUUUCACAUAUCUUCUCAAGUUCUUUUCAAUUCAAAAUCAAGAUAUGGAAGAACCCGUCAUGGAACAACAACCCUCCGCUGCUGCCUCUGGGAACACUGCCAGACCCAGGCUUCAGAAGUACGCACUCCGAUCUGCCAAUAAGUUGAAGGAAGAGAAGUCAGAAACUCCCAAUUGCUCCAUUCCUACUUCUGAAACCAUGAGGGGGAGAAGUGUAGGUGCUUCAAGUGUAAGUAAAAGUGUGAGUGUUCUUGAUUUUUCUGGCAAGGACAAGUCUGGUAGUGCCAAGCCACCCAGAAGGCUCUCAAUUCCUGCCAAAACACCAGCCACUUCAAGACCCAAGCUGGGUGGCAACAGUACCCCAAUCACUGAGACUAGAACUGGGAGGAGUGCUUUUGGUCAAGGCAGAAGCAAAACACCAAUUUCAGACAUUUCCAAGACAUCUUCACGAACCAAGUUAAAUCUCCUAACUUCGGCUUCGUAUUGGUUAAACCAGAUCAAGCUCUCUGAAUCCGCGGCCAAGCACUCAAUUUCACUUGGCUUCUUCAAACUAGCUUUGGAGGCAGGAUGUGAGCCUCUCGGGCCAAUGCAAGAAGGGCUAAAAUCAUAUGUGGGCAGACAUCAGCUUGAUGGUCUUGAAGAAACUGUGAAAGCAUUGUUUGAGAGCUAUAACAUCUCAGAAACAAUGGAGCAGUGGCAGGUGUCUGAGACUAUUUCACAUGUGCCAGAAGAGGGAACUCGGUCUUCCGAUGAUGAUGUGCGUAGCUCUUCUUCUACCAUGGGGACUAGAAAACUGAAACCAAAGUGCUUAAACACUGAUUCUACUCAACUCACACCUUCGACAGAGUCAGCAAAGAAGGAGACAAGUCAAAAGAGUAAUCCUGGAUCCAGGUUGAGAGGGAAUCUCAGCACAAACACCACAACUCCAAGGCCUGCUCUAGACAACAGGAAUAAUAGGUUGGUUAAAAAAUCUGAGAAGCCAAGCAAGCAAGAACCAAAUAAGGAAAAGGGCAUGAUAAAGAGGCAGGGAAAGAAAUCUGAUGUUAAAGAAGUUAGCACUCCAAAGGGAGGCAAAGAAAAUAUGGAAGCUCGGACCACUGAAGAAAACAGCGUGACAGAAGUGGUGUAAACAAUCUCAUGUGCUUGUAUUUCUGAAAUUCUGAUUCCCCAACUUUGAAGUUUGCCUAGGGGGUGUUCUCUGUGUGGAGCGUGCUUUUGUAUAUUGUAUAGGCUGCAUUUCUCUUUGCUUGGUCACUUGGCAUAUUGUGUUUGUGUCCUUUUAUUAUACAAUUGCUAAUCAAACCAUACUGUAUUGAAUGUUAUUGUUUGUCUAUAAAUGAUUCCAUACUAUUUGUGAAGGCAAAAGAUUUAAUUCGACAUAAAACUUUAUUUUCUUCUGUAUUA